AUGUCCACACUAUCCUCACUAGAGGAGAAGGGCAAUGGUGGGCCGGUCGUGUCCGAGCUCGAGCUCGAAUCGGCCAUUCUCAAGGGUGUCUCAAGCCAUCGACCAAUCGGGAGACACCGACAUGUCCUCAUGAUUGCGCUGCAGGCCGACGUGCAUAGACAGACCGGUAUCUGGGUGUCAACGGAGACGCUGUGGGAAGCGUUGGCCGAGCUCUACGACCUCGAGGUGCUCGACGCUAUGACAUCAUCCCCAUCCUCCAUUCCCCCAUCCCCCGACCCCCUCUCUCCGAUUCCCAACCCCCGACGGCGGCGCCCGCGCGCCCCGUCUGACUCGCCCUUGUCCUCCCCUUCACCGUCACCCGCCCUCCCACCGAGCCGUAGCGCCCAGAUCAUCAACUCUCGACAUUUUGCCUCCGUGUUCGAGCUUCCCAUCGGGCGCAUGCCGUCCAUGACGCCAGACACACCCGUGUCUCCCGAAGCGCCAGCCGACGAGCUCGACUUUGCGUCGCUCCUCUAUGCGCGCGCGAAGGGCUCCGAGGAAGAGGGUUGGGACGAGGCGGUGCGCAAGCAGCUGGAUGCGUUGGAGGAGGCUGCCCCGCCGCCUGAACCACCAAAGAGGCGAGGAGGGCGCAAGUCGCGAGGUGGGACGGCCAGCGCGACCGCGAGUGGUCCUGCAAGUCGGCGAACCAGCGGAACAGGCGAGCGGGGGUCGUCGCCGCUAACCAGCGACGGCGAGCCUGUGCUGCGUGGCCGCAAGGGCGCGGGCGCGGCGGCAAGGAAGCGUGGUCGAGCAAGCACCGACACGGUCGAGGAAGAGGAACGGCCGCGGGGACGAGGACGUCGGCGGCUAUAA